GCGGGGCCGGGCCAGCCCGGGCCCGGGCCCGGGCGGGUCGGCGGCCCCGCGGGCCGGAGCGGCGCGGCGGCCCCGCAGGAAGUGGGAGGUGUUCCCGGGCCGCAACCGCUUCUACUGCGGCGGCCGCCUCAUGCUAGCGCGGCACAGCGGCGUCUUCGCCCUCACGCUCGGCCUCAUCCUGGCCACCAGCGGCCUCUUCUUCGCCUUCGACUGCCCGUUCCUUGCCAAUCACCUGACCCUGGCCAUCCCCAUCAUCGCUGCCAUCCUCUUCUUCUUUGUCAUCAGCUGCCUGCUCCAGACCAGCUUCAGAGACCCAGGAAUCCUGCCCAGAGCCACCCCCAGCGAGGCUGCAGACCUGGAGAAGCGAAUUGACAGCAUGGGCAGCUCCACGUACCGUCCCCCAGCCCGCACCAUGGAGGUGGUGAUCAACAAGUACGUGGUGAAGCUCAAGUACUGCUACACCUGCAAGAUGUUCCGGCCGCCGCGCACCUCGCACUGCAGCGUCUGCGACAACUGCGUGGAGAGAUUCGAUCACCACUGCCCCUGGGUGGGCAACUGCGUGGGCAAGCGCAACUACCGCUACUUCUACGCCUUCAUCCUGUCCCUGUCCUUCCUCACCGCCUUCAUCUUCGCCUGCGUCGUCACCCACCUCACCCUGCGCUCUCAGAGGGAUGGGUUCCUGGCCACUCUGAAGACAACCCCUGCGAGUGUGCUGGAGCUGGUGAUUUGUUUUUUCUCAGUCUGGUCCAUUUUGGGCCUCUCAGGUUUUCACACGUACUUAGUCGCCUCCAACCUGACGACGAACGAAGAUAUCAAAGGGUCCUGGUCAAACAAGAGGGGCUCAGAGUUUGCCAAUCCCUACAGCCAUAAAAGCAUCCUCACAAACUGCUGUGCAGUGCUGUGUGGACCAUUCCAUCCCAGCUUGAUAGACAGAAGAGGAUUUAUCCAGCCAGACAUGGGGACCCCGUCCAGUCCCAAGAGUGAAAUCCCUUCCCUUGGAGCCAAAACUGACACCAGCAUGGUAGGAGGCAUUCCCUAGCAGUGCUGUGAUGCUCCCAGUGCCUGCUGUGCCUGCACUUGCUCCAGCCAGUACCUUCCCUGUCACAGCCCUGGCUCAGGUGGGACAGCCCUGAGCUGCCAAAGGCUCGAGCCAUGCGUUGCCUUCUUUUUUUUUUACAUUUAUUUAUUACUUUUUGUUUAUUUGUUUCACUGUGCUGUGGCCUGUCAGGGGUGUUGCCUGACAGAGCCCAACAGCUUGUGGGACCCUUGGACUCGUGCUGGAAACAGGGGGUCCCCAGGAGUCCCCAGACCCCUGAGCUCCAGGGCAUUGCUGUGAUUCCUGCUGGGAAUGAGAGGGGCCAAGGCUGGGAGCUGGGCACUGGCAGAUGAUUCCCAGCUGGGGCUGGGCUGGAGGAGGUGUCACCUCCCUGGUGCCCCUGUUAGCUCCAUCAGCACACCCUGCUCCCCUGGCCCACCUGGCAGGGCUCUUGUGGCUCUCAGGCUGCAGCAGCUUCCCUCUCCAGGAGCUGCUGGGCCUUGGCGAGCUGGGCUGUUCAGCUGGGAGGACUCUGGCUCCCAGCACACCUGGGGGCCAGUGGGGAUGUCCUGGGUGAUCCCUGCUGAUCCUCUUUCCUGGCUGGGGCUGUGUUUUGGCCCUGCCAGUUGGUCAGACACGUUUUGCAGCAAGGACACAAGUCAGGGGACACUCAUCCAGCAGGGAAGAAGGAACACUCUGUGCUCUGUGACUCUCAGAGAUGCAGGUCACAAGGCUGCAGGGGUCAGGUUUGGGAGCUGGAGCUUCCCAGGAUUGUGUCCUGUCUGUGGGAGACCAAAAGGCAGCAGAAGAGUGUGUGAACUCCUGAGGGUCACACCAUUCCCAGCUGGGGGUUCACAAGGAAGCAGUGAGGGGUGCUGGUCUCUGAUGAGCUCGUGGUGUGCUCUUGGUUUGGGUUUCUGAGCAGCAGAGUGUCCCCAGGGCUGUCCCCAGUGCCCUGGAGCCAUUCCAGCUGCUCAUCCACGAGCAUCCCUCUGCACCCAGGCAGCCAGCUCCGUGUCCCUGGGGCGAAGGCAGAGUCACAAACCUUGUAGCAAUACUUGAAUCGUGUUCUUCAAAGCUGCUGGAUAUUUUUGCACAAUUUGUAGGACUUUUUUCUACGUAGAACAUUUUCUGUCCUGUGCAGGGAGCACUGUGCACGUUGGCACCAGGCAGAGGCUCACAGUGCCGAGCUGCCUGUCAGGUUUCCUUGGAUCAGACAGACCAGUUUCAACCUGGGGCAGGGGCAGCACAUUUUGGGGGGCAGCCCAGCCCCCCUGAGCUCACCAGCAUCGUGCUUUGUACUCUGCAAGUGCCUGUGCCAGGGGGAUGGAGAGGAGCAGUGAGGAGGGGGUUACCAGGGGCCAGACUCCUUCCUGUUUUUAUUUAAACCAGUUUCCUUUGUUACUCAAUAAAAUUCUAUUUUGAAAGAGUUAACUGCUUGGAUGAUUCUUUUCCUCCUUGAGGACAGAAGGGGGCAGGUGUGUCCCAGGGUUUGGCAUCUCCCAGGUGCCAGCUGGGCUCUGUCAGGCUCAGGCCUCACCUGGAAACUCCUGGAAGCUCCUGCUGGGAGGGAUGAGCAGCAGCUGACGCUGCUGUGACUCCUGCUGGAGUGAAGGGAAUUUGCUGUCCCACGUUUCCAGGCUGGGCAGGGGCUCAUCCCUUCCCCUGUUGUCACCUCAGUGUCCCUUCCCCAGCUGUGCCAGCCCCUGUGGCCCCGUGGCAGGCGUGAGGUGCAUAA